GAGAGAGAGAGAGAGAGAGAGAGAGAGAGAGAGAGAGAGAGAGAGAGAGAGAGAGAGAGAGAGAGAGAGAGGAUAAUUGAGUUUCUGGCUGCCCUGUGGGAACAUGGGAUAUAUGACCUCAUCAUUCACCUGUGAGGCUCUCCAGUGAACAACUCCACAUAGAAGGAUGACGGAAGCCGCCGUGGAAAGUGCAGAUGUCCUCCUAAAACCCUGUGAUGUGACUUCAUGUGAAGAUGUCGUCGGCUGCCCCUCCCCUUCGGCGUGUCUGCCCCCCUGCAAUCAGAAGGAGGAUGAGGAGUGUCACCACGAGAGUAAGAAGUCGGAGCAGCAAACACACUGUUACCAGGUGCAACCAAAGAAAAAAGUUAAGGCUAAAGGAAAGUUAGUGCGCAGUAUGGCCAUCUGUGAGGAGUCCUCACCAUUCGAAGAAAUCCAGGCAUCUCCAGACACCAACAUCUCAUCUAGCUGCCAUGACAAUGAGGGAACAUCCUGUAAGGAGGAAGAGCAGGAGAGGAGCACGGAUCCAAAGAAACAAUCACUGUCCAAAGAGUCCAGCGGCGAGUACACCGACUCCACCGGCAUAGACCUGCGCCAGUUUAUCGUUGACACCCUCAACGGGAACCCAAGAGACCGUAUGAUGCUGCUCAAACUGGAGCAGGACAUGAUUGACUUCAUCACCAGCAAUAGCUCCUUCAAGAAGUUCCCUCACAUGUCGUCCUACCACCGAAUGCUGGUCCACCGGGUGGCAGCCUACUUUGGCAUGGAGCACAAUGUAGACCAUACAGGCAAGUCUGUCAUCAUCAACAGGACCAGCAGCACACGCAUACUGGAGCAGCGUUUCUUUGAUGAGGUGCAUAAGGACAAGGCAGAUGAAAUCCACUGUUGGAAAAUGAUUUUGAAGAGAGACAGCAGCUCAGAUGACCAGACCCGAAUCCACCCCUUACGGGAGAAGCAGACCAAGUCAGUGGAGGAGAGAGAGGAGGAGUACCAAAGGGCACGAGACCGAAUCUUUAACCAAGAGCCUCUCUGCACCCAGGAGAGCGCCCAUGCAGAAAGCAGGGCUGUGGAGGAGUACAAUCCAUACGCCGAAACCCAGAGGAGAAGACAGCUCUUCAGGAGGAGCCGUGACAGCUCAGGCUCCAGUUGGACAGGCAGCAGCAGGCAGAGCAGCACUGAGACCGACUGUCGCUAUAGCAACGACCCCCAGCCUUGGAGCAGCGUCGACUCUGAUUCGUCCUACCAGUGGACAGGUCCCGCCCCCAAACCCCAUCAACCUGCCAACCACAGCUGGGAGGGACGAGGUUCAGGCUCCAUCACUCUGUUCAGGCUGCCAUCUUCUUGUCCCCACCCCUCCUCUCCGCCCAUCAUAGAAGAGCCGGCUAACAACUCUGCCUACAUGGUGAACGGGAUCCCACCAGGAAGCAUAUUGGUGAACCCACAUACAGGGCAGCCUUUCCUGAACCCCGAUGGAUCCCCUGUUGUGUACAACCCCCCAGACAGUCAGCAGCCAAUCAGGAGCCAGUCUCAGCUGCAAGGCUCGCCCGCUCAGCAGCAACAGCAGCAGGUGGUUCAGUACUCGUCUGUCUCUUACACGGCGCCACAGAUGUUGCCUGUCACUCCCUCACAGCCAUACCCAACAAUGGAAGACCUAUCCUCGCAGUUUGCUCACGUGGCAGUGAGCUGUCCAUCGGCGGGUGAAGCACCACCUCUCUACCCUCCCAGUCAGAGUUACAUCUAUGCAGCUCCUCCUCCCCCUCCCAACCCACCCAGCUACUGCCAGCCCUCACCUCAGGUGCCUGUCUAUUACUACAGCCAGUACCCUACCUCAGCACAGCAAGGAUGCAGGCCUGUCUCCCCCAGCCAGCACGUCCACAGCCAAGUAGCACAACCACCAGCCGGUUACGCCCCUCCUGGGGGGGUGCAGCAAUCUUCCCACACUCAGGCCAAGGCUGUGCUGGGCACCUAUUCACCAAUGGCCUCUCAUCAAUGUAGCGUGGUUCAGGGAGGUGUUUCAGUCGCCUACCCCCAGAGUAAAGUUGUGACUGGGGUAGGCGGCGAGGUGGGCUACUGCUGCGUGGUGCCACCGCCCUCCCACCACGGCAGUUGCCAUCCUCCCAGCUGCACCAACCUCACUGCUCCAGCCUGGAGCGCACCGUACUGAUGACGCCUCGACGGAUGGAGUGUUGAUUCUUUGGUUCCUGCGUGAACUCACCGCACAUACUUAACGCAAACACCUUCUUUUUUCACUUGCCCUCCCCCUCCUCCCUCCCUCCCUUCCUUCCCACCUACACCCUUCUUCCUGACUAUGCCCACAGGGCACACUGUUCUCACACACACACACACACACACACACAAGCAUGUACACACACAACAUACACCCACUCACAGACAUAAAUGUACCACUGUACCAAAGCUUAAUAGUAUAUAUAUCAGAGCUGCUGUAUUGAAUGCUUUAUUUAUAUACAUCAAUGGAGUUUUAUAAUUAUAUUAAAUUAUAUACUGUGUUUUAAGGAAAUGCACUGUGUGAAGAGAUUAAAGUUCUAGUGGCUGGAUUGA